GUAACGAGUCUAAUGACUGUGCAGAUGCGUCAAGACACUGCAUAUCGUCUGUCGUGCUGGUUCAUAUUUCGUCAUAGAAGUUGUACAUUCAAAUAGAAAGUCUACGAACAUAACACAAAACACACCUGAAUACGUGGAGAUAAAGGAAGUGGAGCAACUAGAUGCAGUGGCCUCCGCAGCGCAGUCCGUUUAGCUCGAUGUUUUACGGUAAUCUAGAAUGAUCUCCGCUUGUGACGCCAGUCGGAGUGAAGCUGGUUAGCAACAACUGCACAAGACCGGCGAAGUUAUUCCCGUUUGUUUGUUUAUUUUUUAAAUAUCUUUGUACAUUUUUCAUAUCACUUAGUUUUCAUUAGAUAUGACGGAGAUAUUCUCUCUAUACCCGCAAAGCGACGGCCAGGUACCCCCUGGCUCCUCGGCGCUAGGCUUCGGCCCCGGAAAACCGCCUCCUCCGCCGCCGCAGAGCGGGGUUCCCAUGGCGGUGCAGAUCCCACACCAGCUCGGGGAUGAGGGGCCUUGUCUGCGGAAGCCCGGGGUCAUGAACGAGCCCUUCUAUCUCCUGCGGGAGCUGCCCGUGGGCAACGAGCUGACGGGCAACACGAACCUCAUCACCCACUACAACCUGGAACACGCCUACAACAAGUUCUGUGGCAAGAAGGUGAAGGAGAAGCUCAGCAACUUCCUCCCUGACCUGCCAGGGAUGAUCGACAGCCCCGGCUCCCAGGACGGCAGCUCCCUGCGCUCGCUCAUCGAGAAGCCGCCUGUCUGCGGAAACUCUUUCAACCCCCUCACGGGAGCGAUGCUCACCGGCUUCCGACUGCACACUGGCCCGCUGCCAGAGCAGUACAGGCUUAUGCACAUCCAGCCCCCUAAGAAGAAGAGCAAGCAUAAGCACAGACACCAUCGUCCCCAAGACCCCCUUCCUCCAGAGACCCCGUCGGAUUCGGACCACAAGAAGAAGAAGAAGAAACGGGAUGAUGACCCCGACCGGAAGAAGAAGAAGAAAGACAAGAAGAAGAAGAAGAAUCGGCACAGCCCGGAUCACCCAGGACUGCCUGGGUCGCAGCCCAGCAGUAGCAGCAGCCUCAGGUAGAGCACAGAGGAGGCGGCCACCCGAAGCCUGCUGUAUCCCCGGGGUGCGAGUGCCGGCCCUGCCUGCACCCACUCCACUCCACUCCCCCUUGCCUCAUUGCCACAGCUUGCGAUUUGUACAAAGGACCUGGAACAUCAGCUUGCCUUCCAGGGAGACCGAACCACACGUGUGAGAUUGCAACCCCUCUGCUAACGCUUACCUGUCCUUGUAAUGUGAGACUGGUUUAUGAAAUCCUUCUUUCGGCGUUUAGUGGAGGCUGGAGGGCAUGGAACUCUGCUGGUGUUGAGUUGCUGGAGGACAGUAAAGCGAGAUUCUGGUAGUGAGCAGGACUGAGCGCUACAGUGAAAACAUGUACAUACAACUUUAUUACAAUAAAAUUUUGUUAAAUAUUUUGUCAAUCGUUUCUCUGUGCAAGCACUCGUCACUCUCCACCUGUUAAGUUUUUGUGUA